GCUGCGCGUGGUGCAGCCUGUGCGCGCGCCUCUCCUCUGUAGUAAGCAGCGGGACACUCCGCAGUUCGCUCAUCCCGCUUCACGUCCGCAUUGAUUCACUCAGCCUGUCUUCUUCGAGCUUUUAGGAGUGAGUGAGUGAGGAGGAGGAGGACUCUUGUUUCUCUGUGUUCCGAUGGCUGAACGGCACUUCAGUCCAAUGUGAUCCUCUCUGAAUCAGAGGACUGUUUCUCCGCUUCUUCAUCUGUUUCCUCCCCGACUCAUUUUCAUCACGAUGAGGGACGCGCGAUCAGAGCUCCGCGGAGAGCUGCGUCCAGCCGUGUCCGCUUAACCAAAGGGGGAUUCCUCCCUUGUCAUCCUCUGCUCCCCCCAGAAACCACAGGAGAGUUUGCAUGCAAAGGGUGGUCUACCGCGGCAAGCCAUGGAUGGACUUGCCUAAAGAGGAUCCAACAUAGCUGAAAAGUUUUAGAUUUAUUUUUAAUUUUUUUUCUGUGUAACAUCCUCCCGGAGGUUUACGGUUCUGUUACCAUGGCUGAAAAGAUCGGAGCCGCUGGUCCUAAACCCAACAACGUCCGAACUGCGCCCCCGCUGCCCCCCGAGCCUAUAGACAUCAUCCGCACCAAAGCUCGCUCCCGCAGAGUCCGCCUUAACGUAGGGGGUCUGAACCACGAGGUACUGUGGCGGACCUUGGAUCGGCUACCCAGGACCCGGCUCGGUAAGCUCAGAGACUGCAACACCCACGAGUCCCUGAUGGAGGUCUGCGACGACUACAGCCUGAACGAGAACGAGUACUUCUUCGAUCGGCACCCGGGGGCCUUCACCUCCAUCCUGAACUUCUACCGCACGGGCAAGCUGCACAUGAUGGAGGAGAUGUGCGCCCUCUCCUUCGGCCAGGAGUUGGACUACUGGGGGAUUGACGAGAUCUACCUGGAGUCGUGCUGCCAGGCCCGAUACCACCAGAAGAAAGAGCAGAUGAACGAGGAGCUGCGGAGGGAGGCCGAGACCAUGAGGGAGAGGGAGGGAGAGGGAGAGUUUGAUAACACCUGCUGCCCAGAGAAGAGGAAGAAACUGUGGGAUCUCCUGGAGAAGCCCAGCUCCUCUGUGGCUGCCAAGAUUCUAGCCAUCAUAUCAAUCCUGUUCAUCGUCCUCUCCACCAUAGCCUUGUCUCUCAACACCUUACCGGAGCUUCAGGUCUUAGACGAGUAUGGCAAUCCCAAUGACAACCCUAAGCUGGCCCACGURGAGGCUGUGUGCAUUGCAUGGUUCACCAUGGAGUACCUCCUCCGCUUCAUGUCUUCUCCCAACAAGUGGAAGUUUUUCAAGGGUCCACUGAAUGUCAUUGACUUACUGGCCAUCCUGCCCUACUAUGUCACCAUAUUCUUAACAGAGUCCAACAAAAGUGUUCUGCAGUUCCAAAACGUGCGCCGUGUAGUGCAGAUAUUCAGGAUCAUGAGAAUAUUGAGAAUCCUGAAGCUGGCCAGGCACUCCACGGGGCUCCAGUCUCUAGGAUUCACUUUGAGAAGGAGCUACAAUGAACUGGGGCUGCUUAUAUUAUUCCUCGCCAUGGGCAUCAUGAUAUUUUCCAGCUUGGUCUUCUUUGCUGAGAAAGACGAAGAUGCCACCAAAUUCACCAGUAUCCCUGCUUCGUUCUGGUGGGCAACCAUUACAAUGACGACAGUGGGCUAUGGUGACAUUUACCCGCAGACUUUGCUUGGGAAGAUAGUAGGUGGACUCUGCUGUAUUGCAGGUGUGUUGGUGAUUGCUCUGCCAAUCCCCAUUAUUGUCAACAACUUCUCAGAGUUCUAUAAGGAGCAAAAGAGGCAGGAGAAAGCCAUCAAGAGACGAGAGGCGCUGGAGAGAGCCAAGAGGAACGGCAGCAUUGUGUCAAUGAACCUAAAAGAUGCCUUUGCUCGUAGCAUGGAGUUGAUGGAUGUGGUGGUUGAGAGAGGAGAGGACAAAACCUCUCUGGACAACCACCUGUCGCCGAGCCGCUGGGGUGGCUCAACCAGGCACGCCACCUCAGAAAGCAAUCUCAGAUCGCCAGACAAACGAAACACCGAGUUUCUACAGCAAAGCUCGCCCCAUCGUAUAACCAUCACCACUACCGGAAGUCCUCAGAGGGUGAGCCGGACACCACAGCACCUUAAUGUUCAGAAACUGGAGGAAAUGUACAACCAGAUGACCAAGUCCCAGUCCCUAUCCAAUCUCAACACUACAAGCUCCAUUAGCACUCUCAGCACAACUAUGACUGCUCCCGUCUCACCAAAGAAAUCUCACAGCUCCGAAUCCACGUUAAGGGAUGAAGUKCAGCUGGAGAUGAAGGAAGUCCAGUCUUGUCCGAAAGAUAACUUUGCCAGCUGUUCAGCAGACUGCACAAGACAUGGCUCCAAUCCAGGCAAAGGCGACGCUGGGUCACACGAGAUCAGACAUCCCAGAGCYCCACCCUUCCUGGAUCUUAGCCAACUGAGGACAAACGAUGACCUGAGUUUCACCAGAAACCUACUGAAAGUAGGCUUCUAUGAAUCGAUCAUCCCAGAUGAUGGAUCAGAGUUCCAUUUAGAGGAAGGGGAGAGCUUUAACAGUGCGGUAAAGAACAGCCAGAGCUCUCCAACAAACCCUCUAAAAGGGAAAGGGUUGAAGGUUGACUUAAGAAAACCUUCCACCGAAGGUCCUCUCACUCCACCUAGCACUACCUCCCCCGGAGACAUCAGCUCCAGCAUCCUCGAAGAUGAGUACCCCACGGGAGAGAUGUCACCUCUCAUUCCUGGCUCGGAGGAGCUCCUACCGGUCAUAGACGAGGACACCUGYGGCCUCUCCCCUAAGAGGCUGGUGGUGGACACCCCGCCUGGCGAUGAAGAUCCAUCCACAGAGAACCACAAGGAAAAGCAUCUGAUGGAGGAGGCAGGCGCGGCAGUCGCACCCUCGUCCCCCAAAACGGCAGCACAAAAUUGCACUCAGCAUGUGGUUGGAAGCGAAGAGGAAGCGGCUGACAGUAACUCUAGCGGACACAAAGUAGAGAACCACAUAUUUACAUCCGAUAUCCACCUGAUACCCGGGGACGGCAGCCUCUCUCCAACCUGUGAAACCAGCAUGUGAAUGUAACGGGAAGCUUUGAGGGACCUGCUGCGACCUCAGCCUGGCAUGUGGGAGAGCGGGGUGCGGGGAAAGUUCAAAGAUGCAGUUGUAGUGAAAGUUAUUCUUGCAUGGCAUGACAAGUCUAUUUACUUGUGUUGUUGUGUAUUGCUGAAAAAGAAACUGCAGUGCUCUGUGCAGAUUUUAGAACAAACGGGGGGCCUACUAGUGGAAGAGGAGACUCUAAAAAUAUGAAGAAUUGAUCAACUAAUGCAGACACAAGUCAUCCCAACAUACAAAACAAUAGUCCUUUUCCAGGAGGAGAAGGAAAUGCACUAUCUGUAAAAAGCAUGCAUUUAAAAAAAAGACAGAUAUUUUAUGGUGCUUAGUUUACUGAAAGCGCUCCACUGUAAAUACAAUAGACCAUGUAAGGCAAUGACAAUGCACAGAACGGCGAAGAAGACUGAAGAUACAUCUCUAAUGUAAACAAGAAAAGGCGAGGGUUUGAAUCAACAGCCCUCCAACUGGGUGUUGUAUCGUAGCGAUCUAUAAAACUAAAAAACAUAUCAUUACCUUAUGUGGAAAUGCAAAAUGUUCCCAUGACAACUCUGUAAUGUUUCUUUCGUUUCUUGCGUACGAUGAUGUAUGAAAAUGUUACACUGGCAUUAUUGUUUUGGGUUUUCAUAGCAGCUUUGGAACGUUCAGUUUGAGCAUCUGAUAUUCACCUGAUGAAGUUUAAAAAAACAAAACAAAGAAAAUACAAAAACAACUCUAAAGCACACAAACCUGUACUGCAGUUGCCAAAAAAUGUACAUAUUUAUCAGAAACGAGGAGCUAUGAGCUAUACAUCUAUUUAUUACAGUUUCAGAAUAGGACCCUGUUUAAGAUCCCUAUUUGAUUCCAUCCAAAUACUCUCUGAUGUAAAACAAACAUAUCUAGAGGUAGUUCUCAGAAUAAAAUGUACAUUAGUAGGCUUAGAUUGGCAGUAGGAAAAAUAAAAGUCAGUUCUUUUAAAGUGGAGAUCUUGGGGAAUGUUAUGAACAUUAAUUAUAUUACCUGUCAUAGAUGGGGCUAAAUGGAUUACUGUAAUUCCAAACUGACUCUAAUCUUGAAAUAUUUAAAGUGAAAUAGUUAUAUUGCCAUCAGUUUUGCAUUGCAUUAUUAUUCUGGCAGAAAUAUCAGGAUAUUUCUGCACAAAGUGCCCUAAGCUGCGCCAGAGGUGCUACAGCUAGCUUCUGCUGCGGCUAUUUGUGAGCCAUCACAUCGAAACGAGGAUUAAGUCCAA